AUGAACGAUGACGACCACAGUAGCGAUGCGGCUACGCCGGCACCCGCCUCCGCCGUCGCCGGCACUUCUGCAGCUAGAGAAGCCGCCGAUGUGGCCCGCGCCGAGUCAAGCAGCGUCAACGGUACCCCAGCUCCUGCCGACGUCAGCGCGACUGUGUCCGUGGAGGUGAAUAGCGCUGCAGCAGGGACCUCUACGGCCGCUUCGAACGACGACCAAGACAACAAGAUGCCAGACUGGGACGAGCACGAUGGGGAUCUCGACCUCAAGCUUCUCAUGCUCGAGAUUUACAAUGAUAAACUGGACCGCCGUGCCCGUCGCAAGCUCUUCCUGUUCGAGCGCAAUCUGGUCGAUUACCGCAGAGUGAGUCCUUUCUGCUCGGGAAACGUGGGCUGCCCGUUGCUGAUGCAUCCAGGAACUUCCUGCUUCCUCUUCAUCUCUGCGCAGACCAAAGCCGCAGAAAUGGCCUGUCCUCUUGAAGAACGCCAAUUGCUUUCACGCAUUCGACACUUUGCCCAGCUGCAGACAGCUAUGGAUUUCGAAAGCUUCCUGAACGGUCUGCUGUAUGAAGAGGAGCUACGUAAGACGGCUGCUCAGCUGCAGACAUAUCGCCGAGCGGGCAUCACAUCUUUUGCGCAAGCAGACAAGUACGAAAAAGAUGUGGCGGAGCGCAACAGGAAAGCUGCGGUUGCAGCUGCCGAGGGAGGCUUGGCUGCUUUCCCUGCCAGUGGAGCUGCUGGAACUCCGAGGAGAAACGACAGCAGUAGCAGCUUGGCUGCAAUGUCCGCGCCCGCCGCUUCUUCCAAAAGGGCCAGAGAAGGCAAAGCGGGUAGUCUCGAACCUUCGGCAAAGCGCGUCGCCGAUAACAACAAGACGCCCCGCGCCCCUCGUGAGUGGAUCGAGCCCAGAGAGCACACAACGUUCACAACUUGAGAAUGAGAGUGAGAGUGAGAACUGACGAUUUCGUGUCUCGCCUAGCCAAACCUCUCGAUCUGUCUUCUGCGCCGUCUCUGCACUUGCUGACCCAAAAAGAAGCAGCGUUAUGCUCGGCCGUACGCAUCUUGCCUGGCCCCUACUUGAUCAUGAAGAAGGAGAUUCUGACGGAAUACAUGCGACGAGGCAAGACUUUCUCGAGAAGGGACAGCAGAUGUCUCUUCAAGAUGGACGUGAAUAAGGUGAGCGACCGUCGCGGAGGUCGGGUCUAGGCAAUGUCAUCAUUACUGAUGACCAUUCUUUAAUCGUUGUGCCCCUUUUCCAAAGGUCGGCAAAGUCUAUGAUCUACUAGUUGAAGAGGGAUACCUCGAGCAGCACGAAGCCACGCUGGCCUCUAUGGCAGGCUUGGAUAUCCCGAGUGAAGCUGCGAGUCAGAUUAAGCUUGUCUCUACCCAUCGGCAGUCGAGCCAACCAAACGGCAUGGCCAGCUCCUCAUAG